GUCGUUUUUUAGGUUAUGUUUACUGGAUAGAUACGAUUUUGUCGAGUCAGAAUAAGAUUGAAUUGAAACAACUAGCUAAAUAAAUAAACUUAUUAACUGAAAAUGUUAGUCACACUUAAAACUCUUCAACAGCAAACAUUUCAAGUGGAAAUAGAUCCGGAUGAAACUGUAAAAUCGUUAAAGCUCAAGAUCGAAGUUGAAAAAGGUAAAGAAUAUGCCGCCGAACAUCAGAGGCUUAUUUACGCUGGUAAAAUUUUACUCGACGAUAACAAACUUCAUACGUAUAAUAUAGAUGAAAAAAAAUUUAUUGUUAUAAUGGUAACGAAACCUAAAACAACGGAAGCUCCGCAAGCAUCUACGGCCGUAGCAGCAGCAGGUGAAAGUGCGUCAACCGAGAGUGGCGACGCUAAAUCCAAAACAACGGAUGAAACGCCAAAAGUUACACCACCUACAGAACCGGAGCGCCCUGUUGAACCCUUAGCAAUUCCAAGUGACCCUGAUUUUGAAGCCACAGUACAAAGUAUAAUGGAUAUGGGUUAUAACAGACAACAAGUAGAACAAGCUUUACGUGCUUCAUUCAACAAUAGAGAGAGAGCCGUGGAAUACCUUAUAACUGGUAUACCUGAAGAAUUGCUGCAAGAGCAGGAGGCUGAGGAAAAUUCAGAUGAGGAUCCUUUAGGAUUUCUGAGAGACCAACCACAAUUCCAACAAAUGCGUGCAGUGGUUCAACAAAACCCUAGCCUGUUAAAUACUGUUUUACAACAAAUAGGCCAAAGUAACCCAGCUCUUCUUCAAGUUAUUAGUCAACACCAACAAGAAUUUGUUCGAAUGCUAAAUGAGCCUGCGGGUGCACCUGCUGGUGGAGCUGUUCCUGAUGAAGUCCCAGCCCCAGAGACUGAAGGGCCUCAGCCGGGACAAAAUGUUAUACAUGUGUCUUCUCAAGAUAAGGAAGCAAUUGAAAGACUAAAAGCACUUGGCUUUCCUGAGCAUAUGGUAAUUCAAGCAUACUUCGCGUGUGAAAAAAAUGAAAACCUUGCUGCAAACUUUCUCUUAUCCCAGAACUUUGAUGAAUAAAUACUGAACUUAGCAAAAGUUAUUAAUUUUAUGAGACAUAGAAUACUGUUGCAAAAUAAUAACCAAAUUCUAAUAUUUACAUUUUUUGCUUUGUUUUUUUUUUUUUCUAUAAAGUGAUUGUUGCAAGAAAGCUAAUAUUUUUUGAAUAAUAUCACUUUGUCUCAAUGAUAUUGAUUAUCCAUUGUUAAUUUACUUACACCCACUGUUGUCAUUGUUUCUUGUACUACUCAGUACUUCUUAAGUUGUAUUAAAAUUAAAUUUUGUAUACAAAAAUUUUAA